AUAAUGAUGGAAAGGAAGUUAUUGUUGAGGAGGAGUGGAUGAUCAUGGGAGUAAUGGGCAGCAGCUGGUGGUUAUGAUGGAGAGUGGAAGAUAGUGGGCAGUUAUCCACCGUGGAAGAAGGAUGAUCAAAGAAUGUGGGUGAGUGGGAAGUUAGGUCCAACAGGUAGUUACUUCCAAGAAAGGAAGUUAAGGUUUCCUGAAAAUAGAAACCCUAUGGGUCAUUCAGGAAUAAUGGGAGAUUCAAAAGCCCAUUUGACCAACAGUCAAAGUCCACUGUAAAGGUCAAGGGGUAUUUUGGUAAUAUGAUGCAAAUUACUAAAUAAAUAAAUUAAUUGAGUAAGUAGUACCAUGACAUAUAUAAUUAAAAAUAUACAUUAAGACGAAUUUAAAGAGAUCUUACAUUAAUAUAUUUUAUCUUUUAUAUAAAUUUCAAAAAUCAUAAUUAAAUUUCUUUGUCCUUAAACUAUAUUAGAAAAUAGAGGAUCGGGGUAGAAUGCGUAUAUUGAUCUGCUAUCUAUCUAAUCUCCUUAAUUCCCCAUCUGAUAAAAUUAAAGUUCCGCCAUGGGCAGUAACACCCCAAGUGAAACCCAAAACCCAGACCACGAUCACGAAACGAUCAGCAUCAUAACGAUGGACGAAAACCGAUUACAAUCCAUCCAACAAAAAAUAAACACACCCCCAAAAAUCCUAAGCAAAACAGCCGGCCGAGCAACCUGUUCCAUCUUCAAAGUCCCCAAAAGCUUCACAGAUGUCCAUGGCGAUCUUUACCAACCCAAAAUCAUAAGUAUAGGCCCAUUCCACCAUAACCGCCCACAAUUCCAAAUGAUGGAAGAACACAAAUACCAGUACUUGGGUCAACUCAUAGCAAGCACAUCCGUCAGUCUCCCGCAACUGCUGACAGCCGUAGCUCCGCUGGUGGGGAAGGUUCGAGAGUGUUACUCGGAAGAGAUUGAUUAUGAUGAUCAAGAGUUUCUGGAGAUGUUGGUUGUUGAUGGGUGUUUUGUGAUUGAAUUGUUUAGGAAAGUUGCAAGAUGGGAAGCCAUGAAUGAAAGUGAUGAUCCAAUUGCGUCUAUGUCUUGGAUAUUUCCGGCUCUUUUGAGGGAUUUACAUAGGUUGGAGAAUCAGAUUCCGUUCUUUGUUUUACAGUGUUUGUAUGAUUUAACUUGUGGGGAAUUUGUUGAUAGCAAAGUUAGUUUGGCUACUCUUUCGUUGGAAUUUUUCAAUUUUAUUAUUCAGAGGCCCACUGAUAUUAUCUUGCAAUAUAAGGAUGUACAACCCAAACAUUUAUUAGAUCUCUUACGAUCAAGUUUCAUCACCCAAGAGUUAGACCCAAAGGACCUUUCAAACCAAAACAAAGCUCCUUCGGGCCAUGUGGUUCCUUCAGUUUCAAAGCUUCGACAAGCCGGAAUCCAUCUAAGGCCGGGCAAAUCAGAAAGCUUCCUAGCAAUCAAGUUCAAACGAGGGGUGAUCGAAAUGCCAAGGAUAACGAUGGACGAUUUUUUAAGCUCAUUAUUAGCUAAUUGUGUCGCAUACGAACAAUGUCACAAGGGUCAUUCCUCAUACUUCACCACGUACGCAACAUUCAUAGAUUGCCUUAUAAACACGGCUAAAGAUGUUGAGUAUCUUUGUGACAAGAACAUAAUCGAGAAUUAUUUUGGAACUGAGGCUGAAAUUGCUACAUUUAUUAACAAUUUGGGUAAAGAAGUUGCAUUUGAUGUUCAUCAAUGUUAUUUAGCUAAUUUAUUUGAUGAUGUUUAUGCGUAUCAUAAAAAUAAUUGGCAUGUUUAUUUGGCCACUCUUAAGUAUACUUAUUUCAAUACUCCUUGGUCAUUCAUAUCUGUUGUUGCUGCUUGUGUUUUGUUGGUAUUGACAAUUUUGCAAACAUUGUAUACUGUUGUACCAUACUACAAAAAAUAGUGACUGGGUAUGUUGAAUCUUUUCUCUAAGGAAUAUUAAAUUUUAUUUUUCAUAUGUAAAAUUACAUGUAAAGGUUAAUUUUAUAUGUGUCUUUAAUCA